AUGAGAGGGAAUUGGGAGACGGCGGAGCCAUUGGUACACGCGCCGAAUCAGCAGCGGCAGCAACAGCAACAAACCACUGUCGAAGAGCAACGCCAUCCCCUCCAUUCGCCAACCACGCCCGCCUGGGGUAUCGCCGAUAGAAUCGUGAAAGCGGAGCCAACAGAGGAUAAAAACAACGACUCAGGUGUCUCACCUGAUCACUACACAAGCAACUCUGCCUCCCCGAGAAGCAGGAGAUCCUCGUCCACGGCGAAUUGCAGUUUGUCGCCUGGGAGCGCGAACUCGCAGGACUCGAACAACAUGCAGUGCAGCACAUUCGAUUACAGUCCGCAGAGGAUGUUCAAAAAUUGUGGUUCGCCGCUGGAAUACACCAGGCAUCAUACCAUGGACGAUCGUCAGACGGAACAGGCGAUGGACGUUGUUUCCAGUACGGUGAAACAGUCCAACGAGGACAUCGAGCUCGGUCAGGACAUCUUGCAGUGUCCUAUCUGCGCCUUCACCACGUUCAACAGGUUAAAGUUCACCGAGCAUCUGGCCACGCACUGCUCGACGAAAUGCGACACUCCAGACUUCGUCAACACUGUUCUCAGCCAAUUGACAGCGUCGGGAUCUAUUCAGGACGAGAGCACGUCGUCGCCGACCCACGGGGAACGCUCCGAGCACGAAUCAGAGGAGCCUGACGAGCCUGGACUUCGAAUUCCACGAGUGAAUUCUCAAGGAAAGGUGAAGACCUUCAGGUGCAAACAGUGCAACUUCAUGGCGAUCACGAAGCUCGAGUUCUGGGAGCACAGUCGCGGCCACAUCAAAGCCGAGAAACUUUUAACCUGUCCAAAGUGUCCGUUCGUCACAGAGUACAAGCAUCACUUGGAGUAUCACCUGCGGAACCAUUUCGGUUCGAAGCCUUUCAAGUGCGACAAGUGUUCGUACUCCUGCGUGAACAAGUCGAUGCUGAACAGCCACCUCAAGAGUCACUCGAACAUCUACCAGUACAGAUGUGCCAACUGUUCGUACGCCACCAAAUACUGCCACUCGUUGAAGCUCCAUCUGAGAAAGUACUCUCAUCAGCCAGCGAUGGUGUUGAACGCCGACGGUUCACCGAAUCCUCUACCCAUUAUCGACGUCUACGGAACGCGAAGAGGGCCGAAGCAGAAGUCGCUCAAGUCCGACGAAGACGCGAGCCAAAGCAACAGUGUCCCAACCAACAACAACAUGCAGAUUCCGAUGACGUCACCUCAGCUCAUCGCUCCACCUCAAAUCUCCCCGGUCAGCCAUCGUCUGCUGAUCAACCCAAUGACCGCCAUCAGCGACGUGAACCCCAUCAACGGUUUGAACGGAGCAGUACAGAAUCCACCUGUGCUCACGUUCCCGUACAACCAAAUCUUCGCCGGAUUCCCCCUGACUCACUUCCCCAAGUCGGAGGACAGCAGCGCGGAGAACCAGUUGGACAGAAUCAAGGCCAACUCUCUGAUGGACUACAUGAAGGUCGUGGAGGCUGAGAGGAUGUCCGAAGAUAUGCCCCAGAAUCUGGCGAUCAGAUGCUUCGCCGGAAAUAACACGUUGAACGGCGUUUCCAACGGAUACCCCCAAGUUCCCAAGAUGAACGAGAUUCCCGCGGCACCGAGUUUCGAGAUCGAGGAUCCGUGCGUCGACGCCAAAGCCACUCCCUUGGACCUCAGCAAACCUGUGUACGUUGACAGCAACGUUCAGAGACCGCCUGCUAAUUCUCCCAAGGCAACCGGAACCAGCAGACGCAAAGGAAGAGCUGUGAAGCUGGAUCGUCGAGUGGUCGAAGAAGACACCGACGAGGAACAGCAGCAGCAACAACAGCCGCCAGAGGAACAAGAAGUGACGUUCGAGCCUCCAGCAGCUAGCAGUCCUGGUUCCCGCGACGGGAAAGAACCAGUCGAGCGUAGUUUCGCCGUGGUGAACAACGAGUUCACCUGUCAAUACUGCGAGAUUGCUUUCGGCAACGUGGUCAUGUACACCGUCCACAUGGGAUACCACGGCUACAACGACCCGUACACUUGCAACAUGUGCGGCCACGAGUGCACCGACAAGGUGUCCUUCUUCCUGCACAUCGCCAGGUCCAAGCACUCGUAG